AAAAUAGAAAGGUGCCAAUGAACGCAUGCAUACUCUGGCUGGAAAUUUUUGAUUUGUGCUUACUCUCUCAAAAAGCUCUCGCUCUUUCGCAAUCCCGAGCUCGAGGUACGAGGCUUAUGUCCGUACUCAAUAUUGGUUUUCUUCAUAUAAGACCGAUGCCCAGAUCAUUCCGCAAGUCUUCUUUCUCUCGGUGUCUCGAACAAUAAAUCUCAAAUUAUCUUGCACUUGAACUCCCCAUCAUGGCUCCCUCAUUUCGUGUUCUCGUCAUCGGGGCUGGUAUUGUUGGGCUUUCCACUGCCAUCUCUCUCAAGCGCAAAGGCCACAAUGUCACCAUCCUCGAAAAAGUCGCAAAUCCUCGACCGAUCGGAGGUGUAAUCAAUGUCCCACCAAACCCGGCUAGAGUUCUCGUGGAAUAUGGGCUGUAUGAUCUUAUAGCACCGAAAGUGGAUAGUCAUAUGAAAGGCAUCCAUUUCCGGAGAUAUGACACUGCGGAGACAAUAUGCCACAUGGACGCAAUUCUUGUAGAAGAGGAUUAUGGUGCUCCUAAUUGGAGACUCGCACGUAGUGAUCUCCAAGAAGCCUUGAUGACUGCAGCCAAGGCUGCAGGAAUUGAGAUUAGGCUUGGAUGCCCCAUCGACAGUAUAGAUCAAGCACUACCAGCGGCUAUGUUGAAGAAUGGUGAAGUCAUAGGGGCCGAUUUGAUCGUUGGAGCAGAUGGUGUCAAUUCUGUCGUCCGGGAAGCUGUUCUGCCCGGGGAGAAAAUUACCCGCCUAGAUCAUAUCAGUGCUUACUACAUCGAUGUUGAGCGCUCUUUGCUCUCCGCUGACCAGGAAGUCUCGCCAAUGCUAGACGAGAACUCGAUCUGGCUUGCCCCAGGCCGCCAACUCAUCGCUACAAACUUCUUAACUCGAGACCGCUUCAUCAUGAUUUUGUCCCUCGAUCAACUGCUCGGCAGUGAAGGAGACUGGACUAAGCAAGUACCAGUCUCCGAUGUUGUGGAAAGGUUCAAAGGCUUCCAUCCUAUGGCUGCAAACGUCGUAAAGUAUGUCGAGUCAGAUCACUGUCUAGUCUGGCGAUUCCCAGAACUUCCUAGGAUCGAUACUUGGGUCAGUAAAAGUGGAAAGGUUGUGAUAGUAGGCGACGCCGCUCACGCCAUGCUCCCAUUUGCUGCUCAGGGUGCUGCCAUGGGGAUUGAAGACUCAGCCUGCCUUGCCGAAUGUCUUGCUCGAGCAACUUCAACAGACGAUAUCCCGAAGCUUCUUGAUAUCUUUCAAAACCUUCGCCUGCCAAGAGUCGAUUCUGUUCGGGACAAAGCGAGAGGCAUGCACAAGAUGGUGCACUUGGAAGACGGCCCGGCUCAACAAGGACGGGAUAAAAUGUUGAAGGCUAGGCCUUUCAUGGCGGUUCCGAUUGGAUGGGACAAGAAGCAUAUUGAUGAUUCUCCUGGUGAUACGCAUCCGUUAUAUGAUGCUUACCUGUACGGCUUCAAUUCUUUUGACCAUACUAAUCGUAAACUUGACGAGGCUUUGAAAAAGUGAGAACUGGAUGAGAUGUAGAGCUUUCACGGACCGUGGUAUCAUCGUUAAUUGAUGAGCCGCUAGCCUGCCUCAGACAAGUGAAUGUGUUAGCGGAAACGAUCAGGUAUUGGGAAACUUGCUGAUGGUGGAAAGUGAUUUGUCAUUGCGAAAUUUAUUCACUCCUCUCAAUAUUAAGUAGCGUGGC